AUGGAGAUAGUCUCCCCCAUGACUCUGCUCUACUUACUCUACACCUUACCCCAGCAAUACCCUUCCUCAACCUUCCCCACUGGCAUUCCCACAAGUAACAAAUUCCUCGCUUUCCUAUUCACCCUCCACUACACUAACCGCGCCAUCAUCUCCCCGUUCUUCGCUGCCCCCAGCAUCUCCCCUAUUCAUGUACUCAUUGCGUCCUCGGCGGUGGCAUUUAAUUGGUUAAAUGCCGUUUGUAUGGCCGGGUGGUUGGUUGGGUAUCCUUUACCUUCACCACCCUCAUCUUAUUCUUCUGCUGCUGCUGCUGCUGCUGCCAGCGGUAGUACUACAGGAAGGACAUGGCUAGCUCCGCUAGGCCUCACCCUCUUCCUAGGCGGAAUGGCAGGGAAUAUCUCUGCCGAGCGGACAUUGUUCAGGUUACGGCGGGAAGAGGCGCAUCGAAAGAAGAAAGAUGACUCUACUUCUACUAUCAAAGACACCACCACCACCACCACCACCACCAAAGAUGAUCCUAAGGAGAAAGGGGAUAACAAGAAGAACAUCUACUCCAAAAUAUACACCAUCCCGCCUCCCACCGGCCUCUUCACUUCCAUUCUCUACCCGCAUUACGUAGCAGAGUGGAUUGAAUGGUUGGGGUUUGCUAUCUUGGCUGCUGGUAUAGUUACCACCCAUUCUGCUUCACCUUCAAUUGAUGUUGGUGGUGGUUUUCAUCUAGCGCCGUGGCUUUUACCCGCUGCUAAGCUAGCCAACUGGAUGGGUGUACCGAUGCCAGUGCCCGCGGUGGUGUUUUUGGUUAAUGCGGUGUCGAAUAUGUUGCCGCAUGCGAGGUGGGGGAGGAAGUGGUAUGUGGAGAGGUUUGGGGAGGGGAGGGUUAAGGGACGGGGGGCGGUGGUGCCGUUUUUUAGGUGGUUGUAA